GUAGAUAGGCUGGACGAUUAUCAGGGCCACCAUAUGGUAACUUUUGACUUUUAGUGGAGAUUUAGGUAAGUGGUUUAAUUUGAAUUGUGUUGUUUGAUUAUGGUUAUUUGUGGGGCCCGGUGUUGGUAUUGUUGAAGUUAGUAGUUCUAUAAACUAUAUCUGCAGAAACCAUAAUAAGUAACGUAAGGCGCUAAACUGAGUGAUCACAUCUAAAUAGGACAUUGUUAGACUUGUUAAACAUGUAAAUGUUUAAGUGGCGUCAUAUUGCCAAUGGGAAAUAUUCUCAACGCUGUCUCUAUGAAACACAGCUAAAUGUAGAUAAAACGAUGCAAGGAGAAGAUCGUUUAAUUGAAGAUUAUAAUGUUGUUUUAAUGCACCUGCCCAAAGAUAGAAAAGCUUUCAUUCAAUGUAAAAUAACACUUAAAUGUUUAUUAUGGCCGAUUUGAAUGCCUCAUCCCUGAAAAUAAUAAGACCAUGACGUAUCUAGUUUAUAUUUAAGUGACCCCUGUCUUCUGAAUUAACUGAUAUAGGCCUACAUGUGCAAUAUUAGACCCCUGCUGCCUGCAUCUGGACUCUCUUGUUGUUACUAAGUUCCCUUGUCUGUCUUAUCAUGUUGUUGGUCGGCAUUUGUUGUAAUAUCACUAUCAUUGGUUCCAUUCAAAUAGUGUUGAGCUGCCCCUUUUCUGACCUAAAAAUACAAACUAGAUGGUGGAUGAGUACGCGCAUACAGCGCCUAUGAUCCGCGAUACUGCUUCACAAUGGCGCCCCCUAUCUUUAUUGACAAGCUAUUAUAAUCAUUUGAAACAUCGAUGUUCAGUUUUUGACAGCUGCUGAAGGACCCCUGGUCGGCGCAUGCGCACUAAACGCCCGUAUUUAGAUGUCAACUACACCACAGGUAACGGGCAAACAUUAGCAACUCCGCUAACGUAUUUAGGCUCUCCCACCAAAAGUAAUGAGGUAGAUCGCUUCACGUUCGCAUUAACAGUUACGCUGACUUCAAUUGACUGGUGUUGUCACUUUGGAAAUGGACCAGGAAUUUGAAGACAUGGAUUCCGAUGGCCGGUGGCAGAACCUAUACAUAGAAAUCAGGAAUCAGUCCCAUGAGUGCCCCUUCAAAAUCGCUAAAUAUCCGGAAAAUCGGUAUCGAAACAGAUACAGAGACGUCAACCCAUUUGACCACAGUCGGGUAAAACUUGGGAGCACGGAGAAUGACUACAUCAAUGCCAGUUUAGUGGUGAUGGAAGAAGCCCAGAGACGUUACAUAUUGACUCAGGGCCCCCUAAAGAACACCUGCAGCCACUUCUGGAUGAUGAUCUGGGAACAGCGGACCAAGGCUAUCAUCAUGCUGAACAGAGUAAUGGAGAAAGGAGCGGAGAAGUGUGCCCAGUACUGGCCCACGGCCACGGAGCAAGACAUGGCCUUCCGAGACACGGGCUUCCUGGUCACCUUGUUGUCCGAGGAUGUAAAAUCCUACUACACAACCCGAGUGCUGCAGCUCCAGAAUGUACACACUGGGGAGAAGAGGGAGAUCUACCACUUCCACUACACCACGUGGCCUGACUUCGGGGUUCCUGAUUCCCCCGCCUCCUUCCUCAACUUCCUGUUCAAGGUUCGGGAGUCGACCUCGCUCGGGGCGGACCACGGGCCUGCCGUGGUGCACUGCAGCGCGGGGAUCGGGCGAUCAGGGACGUUUUCAUUGGUCGACACGUGUCUGGUGCUGAUGGACAAGAGGAAGGACCCGUCGUCGGUGGACAUCAAGAGUAUCCUGCUGGACAUGAGGAAGUACCGCAUGGGCCUGAUCCAGACGCCCGACCAGCUGCGCUUCUCCUACCUGGCGGUCCUGGAGGGGGCCAAGUACAUCAUGGGGGACUCCUCUGUCCAGAAGCGGUGGCGAGAGCUGUCCAAGGAGGACCAGGCCCCGGCGCCCGACUCCCCGCCCCCCCCGCCGCAGCCCCAGGACGCCGGCCGGGGCCCGCGGCUCAACGGCAACCUGCGGGCCCCGCCCGAGGAGCCCGAGGACGGGGGGGCGGACGAGACCCCCGCGGGGACCCCCUGCAAGGAGGCGGACGUGGACAGCAGCAGCAGCACACCGAAGAGACGCAGAGAGGACUCCCUCUCCAAGUCGCCGACGGCCCGCACGCCCCAGCAGCAGCAGCAGCAGCAGCAGAGCAUACCCAGGACAAACGAAUCAGAGAAGAAGAGGAAGAGUCUGGGCUGCAUUUGCUGCACAUGACAACGACUGAGCCGUCCAGUGGGGCGCACUCUAACGCCCGGCCCCUCUGGGACGGCUGCAAACAUGAAGAAGAAGAGCAGGAGGCUGGUGAUGACGGAGUGGUUAAAACAGGAGGGAGGAAGGUUACCAGCGGCUUUUAGAAAGAAACCGCCUCCUUCAGAACAUGUACGUGAAGUCGGGCCGCGUGUGCGUGUGCGUGUGCGUGUGUGUGUGCGUGUGUGUGUGUGUGUGUGUUCCUGGCUGCUGUGGGGUGUGUUUUGCUGGUGUGCGUCCAGGGGGUUUGUUGUGGUCUUUGGGGCCGUGUGAGUAUACAGGAUGCACCAAAGCAUGGUUUGUUCUCUUGUUUGGUUGAAACUGCUGGCUGUCUUGGUUCCGGGUGUCUUCUAUGGAGGUUUUUCAGCAUGGGCCACCAGUCUGUUGCGGGCGGCCCAUUGGCAAUCAAACGCGACCCGGGGUUGCACCACUGGGAGCUGAGAUGGUCGUCGAUUGGUUUUGGUUAUUCUUACUUGUUUGACAGCCUGCAUCGUUCAUAAACGACACCAGAGGGUCGGGGGAUUUAAGAGAUUACGUGUGAGGAAAUGGACAUUUUCCAGGAUUCUGGAUCUGAAGGAAGUCAUCGUUUAAAGCAACAGGUGUUCUUACGCCAAGUUGAAAAAGCAUCCAACCUUCUCAUUAGCUCAUCAGACAUUUCCUCCUGUCUCACCUUUUAUAACAUGCACAUCGUGGGAAUAACAGCGGGCGAUGACCGAUGCAGACUCAAAAGCAGCACGACCGGUGAUUCCAGCCACCCUGCUUGUGUCAAGUAGACUCUGAUCUGUGGUUUACCAGACCUGAACGCACAUGCUUGAAAAACCUCUGUAGGCGGGGCCUUUGCGUUCCUCCCUGCAUGUCUUCUACACACUGACUGGGCUGCAGGAGCACUGCUGCUGAGGGGGUAAACAUCUAGUGUGGCUAUAAUAAGUGCUUUGACAUCGCAUAGUGCCAAAAAAACCUCUAAUGUGAUUAGAAGACCUACACAUUAAGGCAGAUGGAGAAUAGAUAGACUUGUAUAAAUAUAAGUGUUCCUUUCUUUUCUUUAUUGACGGCACCAUUUGGGUGCAGAAUACACUCAAAUUGUGUUCUAAAAGUCAUUGAUGAGGGGCACAAUGUGAAACAAAUAAUUAGGUUUAAAGAUGUCAAUUUAUCUGCUGCCUCUGACUUUCUGCGGGUGAGUUUGGGUUUUCUAACCAAUCUAACCAACGUGUCAGUUUGUCCUCAGAUAAGAUAGAGAAAGGUUAAAGACACCUGACCUUUCUUUUAUAUUUUCCUCUUCAUCUAAGUUUAGACUUUUCUUUCUAUUUAAGUUCCAAACAUAUGCAGUUUAACCACAAGAUGAGGUCUCAGUAGUCCCUGUCUGCCAUCACGAUGUAUGUAUAUAUUUUAUCCUGGGAGACAACCCCCAUCAGGAAUGAAUCACAUCAAUACGCAAAGGGAUCAGAUGUUAGAAGGCAUUCCAUCUCACCCAAUAAUAAGCACUCUUCAACUAUAGUCACCCCGUUCCUACCACUUGGUUUACAAAGCAAAAUAUGAAUGGUGAAUGUUUUGGCCUGAUGCAUUUGGUUCCUGGGGAGGUAUGGAGGUUGCUUUGGGCCCCUCAACACUGCUGACUCUGCACGAAAAGUGAGCCGCGUUGAGCCAAUGACCAUUGGAUGACCAAGUGAUCCAAAGGCUUCGGUUUGACUGAUCAGUUUCAGUCAGUUUCGUGACGUGCUGUGUGCUGGUGGGUUCUUCUGAUCGUUUUCUGGGUGUUAUGAAAUCCGUAUGGACUAAUGCGUCAUGUCUCUCGGUCGACGACACAUAGUUUUUGAUCUUGUGUUG